UCUCAUGGUGUAUGGUCUUAUUUAUCUUUGUGUGUUUGUUUGUAGAUGCUGACAGGAGGUCAGUGUCGACCAUGAACCUGUCCAAGCACGCGGACCCAAUCAUAACCAAGCGCCUCUCCUACUCCUCCGCCACUCUCCUGCACUCGCCAGACCAUCGAGCCUUACGGAAGCGGACGGCGUCUUCCCCCCUCGUUAGCAAACCUCAGUCUAAGCCCCGCCCAUCCUGGGGCAAGCCCAGCCACGCCAGAACCACAGGUCAGCGUCGUAUGCCAUUGAGCCCCUGGGAGAACACAGUGGUCAACCGCCUGCAACAGCCCACGCACUCCUACCUGGCCCGCAGUCGCAGCGCCAUGAGUCUGUCUGGAGACGCAGCCCUGCCUGUGUGUCCUCGCUCAGCCUCCUGCCACCCCACAGGCUCCAUGUCCUUCAGGACCAUCCAGGCACAGCCCCUCCAGCCCCCGCUGCCGCUGUGCCGGAGCCAGGAGCGCGGCCUCCCCAAGGACGCCCCCGUCCGCCGCAGGACCACCGGAGCCCCCGACGCCGGGAAGAAGGACCGGGACUUUGUCAGGAAGUCCUGGAGCAACCUCUCCCUCCCAUUGGCUCCCACUCUGAGCUUGCCCCUGAAAAAGAGAUCCCAGUCGCCAGGCAACCUGCAGAUCAAGGUCACAGUGCCCUCACCUGGCAGACCCCCCCAGAAGUCCUCGGGGCGCCCACCUACUCCCAAACAGCUCAAGUCUCCAGGCGGAGAGGACCCGGGGAACCUGCGCCCCAGAGCCCCCCCAGACAGCCCCCAGGACCCCCCUGCUUCUGAGGGGGGCCAGCAGGAGCUCCAGAGCCCCCCUCCUCCCGGCCAUGGCCCUGCCCAGCCCCGGCCACCCACCCUGGGCCAGAACAAAGCCAGCUCCGACUCCUCUGCAGCCGGCGAGUGUGUGGGCAGCCCUCCGGCCCACAAGCCCUCCGCAGGGACCACGGACGCGGAGGAGGCCACCCGGAUCCUGGCCGAGAAGCGGAGGCAGGCCCGCGAGCAGAGGGAGCGGGAGGAGGAGGAGCGCAGACUGCAGGAGGAAGCCCAGAGACUGGCCAAGGAGGAGAUGGCUCGCCGCAAGGCCGAGGAGCGGGCGAGGAGAGAGGAGGGGGCUCAGCGGCAGGCGGAGGAGGAGAAGAAGACGAGGGAGGAGGAGGAGAGACGAGCGGAGGAGGAGAGAGCCCAGCAGGAGAAAGAGGAGGCGAACAGACAUCAGAAACAGAGGGAGGAGGAGGAGUCUCGUCAGAGAGAGGAGGCCGAGCGACUGAGGCAGGAGAGAGAGAAACACUUCCAGAAGGAGGAGGCUGAGCGCCUGGAGAGGAAGAAGCGCCUGGAUGAGAUCAUGAAGAGAACACGCCGCUCAGACCCGGCAGAGAAGAAGACCACCCCACACAGGAAUGGAGAGAGCGCAGCAUCGACGCCUGACUCCCCGGGUCCCUCGGUGGCGGCGGGGGGCGUGGCCGGACCAGAGCACGGUGAGCGGAACGGCCACAGCUCCUCCCAGCCUGCCCCCUCGCCCGGCAGCGUGCCUGUGCUGACCUCUGGUGACAGCAGGGAGAAUGGGCAGUUUGAGGAGGUGAUUGAGCUCCCUCCUGACCCCAGCCUCUCACCUCCUGAUGAAGGGGAGGAGGAGGAGCGUGGUCCUGUCAUAGCCUUCCAUGAGAACGGUCUCCUGAAGCCUCUGAGUGGAGUCGACGAUGUAUCAACACAACAGAGAGCAGAUGUGGUCUGACUGCCCUGGACAAGGAGAGCAUGGUGGAGAGCUGAGGGCAGGCGAGAGAGAGAGAAAGAGACGGAGGAGGGGAGAGAGCGAUGAGGGAGCAGAGAGAGAGAGAGGUGGAGCAAGAAGGUAGGCCCAGACUGAGGAGAACGAGGAGAACUGAAGGAAGACGAACGCCCACACGGGGAGAAUAUCUCUUCGUGGACUCUUCACGAAACAUCCCAAAGCCCGUCACCUCCAAAGAACUCUCCAGACAUUUCAGACACGCUUUUCCAAGUUGUUGUCCUAGUGUGGUAACCAGACCGUCUCUCUCUCUCUCGCUUAACACCAAUGGCGUGCUGUGUGUGCCCCAGUGGCUCUUUCAGUCCCCUGCCCCCCCUUCCUCUUGAAAGGAAUGUCCUGAGACCCCAGGAUCCAGUGGCGGUCCGUACCAUUGUGAGACUGUCACAGGGGGGUUUCUACUGGUGGGUACUAACCAUACCUGUACAUUGAGAUCAGCUGUAAAGUCCUCUAAUCUUAUACUUGAAGAAUUCCUCGUUGCUGUAGAGGUAGAGUUGGAGGCGUGACCCAACUUAGACGGGGAGGGGUCGUGGGGAGAGGUUUUGAUGUAUCAUUUAAGUUAAACAAAAGAAAAUAUUCCUUAUUCGUCUUUCUGUAAACUAAGACUAGUGUGUACACUACUGAGGACCUUGUUUAGUUUUAUAAUUAUUGCUAUAAAUAUGAAAUGUAAUUUCAUUCUACCCCCCCUCUAAUUUUUUCGUUUCAUUUGUCGGACUUAGCUCUGAGAAGAUCUGAGACUGGCCUUCCCUUCUUUACGCCAACGUUUCUUCGUGAGAUUGAUUGAAUACUAUUUUGAGUGACACCCCUGUUGUUGAUGCACACGGAUGUGAGCUGACCUAUCAGCAGGCUUAGAUGACCAUGGCGAUUUUCAAACUGUCUCCCAUUGGGCGACGUACUACCUUAGGAACAAAAAGCAGGAAGGAGAGCGAUCCGGGAUGUGCAUCGAAUUAUUCAUUGACCAGUCAAAAUCGAGACACAUUCUAAAAUGGCCUGAUCCUAGUACAGACCCUGGGUGUUUGGAAGGGUUUAGUGGAGUUAAUGCUGCUACAAAUGUUCCUUUGCCUUAUCAGAUCAGAGGGGGCGAUCACAUGACACAGAGGUCGACUUCAUCCCACACACAGCAAGGCAGUGCUACCAGGCAGAUAUGUAUUCCCUACACGAGUUUGACGCCGACACACAGACCUAUUCUUAAGUGGCUGCUGUCUCUUCGAUAUGAUUGGUCAGAUAGAAUAGAUGGGUGAGGCCUGCUCCUGAUUGGGAUCUGUGAUUGGACAAUUGGACAUCCGUCAUGUCACGGGGGCCUGUGCUCAUCUUGAAGCGUGUGGGGGACAGGUGGAGUGUUGCGAAAGGGAGUUGGGAUGCAGCUGGACUCUGUCCGCCGUGUGAUCGACCCCUCAACGACUAUUCUAUGAAGAGAUUGAAGUUCUAAAACAGAUCCUAGGUUCCACCCAGAGAGGAUGGCGUGCUGUGCUUUCAUCUCCGGCCUCGCCUGUAGCUGCUGUACUCUCCGUCACUUGGUUCUCAAAGCUUUGCACUUAAAGGUUCCCAGUUCUGGUUGGAACCCCUCUCGACUUCAGCGGGACCAGACAUGGAAUGGACUUCAAAGAUCCAUCCAUGGUCACGUGGUCUACAGUAAACGUACAUUUUUGUCCACGACAUGGAACAAGAAUGGAGAGCCUUUCAGCCUUAGUGCUGUAAUCAGGGCAAUAUUAGCAUAAACCUACUAUCUGGGUUAAAUGAAAAAUGUUAUAAAUACAUAAAUAUGUGUACAGGGACAAAGUGUAUAUUUUAAUAAGACUACAAAGCUUUGAAAACUAACAGCUCUAUCCUGACAUGGAUAGGGGUCUGAUACUAAGAUAGGUUCUGUCCUAUACCAAGAAGCUAAAACACAGCGGUUCCACUAGAGGUUAAGACGGGAACCUUCAUUUGUCUUUGAUGGAUUUAACAGUUCUUCUAACCAGGGACACAUUGUCAAACAAUACAUUUCCCAGUGGUUCCACCUGUAUCGCAUGUCAAUAAAGAAUUCAAAUUUUGUCUGGAAA